AUGGAGUGGAUGAAAGAUGGUGAUCAAUGCUCUAGGGUGUUUUUUCGCAAGAUUGCACAGAGAGGGGCAGCAAGGAGAAUUUUGCAAAUUAAUGAUGAGCAUGGGAUCACUCACACGGAGCAGGGGGCUGUUGUCAAUGAAUUUGUCUCUUAUUACAGUGUCCUUUUGGGAGGACAAAGACGACGGGACGUGAUUGAUAUUCAAGUCCUUAGACCGUGGGCUAGACAUCUGGUGACUGAAGAUGAUACCAAUUCUCUUUUAUCACCAUUCACCCCCUUGGAUGUCAAAGAGGCAGUGUUCGAUAUUGCCGAGGAUAAGGCACCGGGUCAUGAUGGAUUGAGUGUGCUAUUGGACAAAGUCAUUAGUCCCUGCCAAGCAGCAUUUGUUCCUGGCAGAAGUAUCGGAGACAAUAUCAUGCUAGCUCAGGAACUUUUCUCGGGAUACAAUCAGUCACGCCUACCUCCCAGAUGCGCGUUAAAAGUUGACAUUAGAAAGACGUAUGACUCAGUUGAAUGGGACUUACUAGUUGCGGUUUUGGAACUUUUUGGGUUUCCACCCACAUUCAUCAGGUGGAUUGAGGAAUGUGUCAUUACACCAUCCUUCUCAGUGGGAUUGAAUGGAAAGCCACAUGGAUUCUUUUCAGGUGCAAGAGGACUUCGAUAG